AUGGAGAACAGAACGAACAUUGCUGAAAGAUUCACGGCCUUCCAGCGCAGCACUGCUGGACAACAACCUCUGAGAAGGCCGCGGGCAGAACGAGCUCGAGAGGACGAGACUGAGAGAAUGGCUCCUCGACCAACCACAGGUCAGCUAUUCGACCACCGCCGCCACGAUCCUUUGCGGUUUGCGGCAUUGAACAACAGCCAGAAACACCCACCGGCGCCUAGCACAAGUGGACACUCUGCGACUGAUCUUUCCGACGCUCGCUCCAUUGCCAGCUCUGCAUUCACCCUUACCUCUGGCACUUCAGCCUCUUCUGCGAGCUUCAACAACCCCAACUCCCCCCUUACGCAAGCCGCACCGACCAAUCCCUUCCUCCAGCAGCUGAAGCGAACAUACCGGGACCUCUGCAACAAGGAGAACAAGAUCGUAUCUCCCGGCAACGGCCACGACGAUGACGAUCUCGACACCUCUCGCUCUGGUGUCUCCAUAGUCGAGCCUCACUCGGCCACUGGCGACGAUGUCUGGCUGCGCCGCAUCAGGGAUCACAAGGAUCUUGUCGAACAGAGCCACACGCUACUGCGCAUGUCACUUUCGCCUUCCGUUCCACUCACCAUCCAGGCCAUCCCAAAGAAAUACAACAUACCUGCCCGACUUUGGUCCGUUGGAUUCUACAAACUUCUCGAGUCCCUGAGGCAAGCUUCCGCCAAAUCCCCCGCUGCAUUCGAGCAUUUGCACGAAUAUAUUUAUUAUGCCUAUGGUUUCUAUUCUUGUCUUUUCGAGGAUGACUCUCUCGCUUCGUUCCGUCCCUCUUGGAUUGAGGCUCUUGGCGACCUUGCUCGAUACCGCAUGAAGGUCGCCGCCCAUCUCGCUUCGGCCCCCGUACCCAUUCCACCUGCUCCCACUCCCUUGCCUUCCGCCACGCUGGCCGUUCCUGCUCCUUCCAUGAACCUCGACCCUUCCCCCACCCCAUCCAUCGGCCCCCAAGCAGCUGCCGAGUUUGAUCUCGAGGACGAGCGCGACAUUUGGAGGAAUCGGGCCUCUGACUGGUAUUCCAUAGGUCUGAAAGAUCAACCGGGUAUCGGCAAGCUCCAUCAUCACCUGGGCCUUCUCUGCAGGGACGAGCCCGGAUUUGAACUACGCUCUGCCUACCAUUUCGUAAAGAGCAUGAUUGCGUCCCAUCCUUUCGACAUGGCCCGGGAAUCCAUCCAACCUUUGUUCUCCGUUGAUGCUCAGCGGGCUCGUAUGCGUGAGGCAAAUGCUGGCCCUGUCGCCCAAUUUGUGCUCUUGCUUGGCCUAUUAUUCACGCGCAUUCAGCUCGACGAUUUCGACACUGUGCUCGCCCGAUUUGUGGAGCGACUUGAGAUUGGAGGUGCCAGUGCUGUGCGCGAAGCUGAAUGGAUCAUGAUCAGCGUUUGUUGCAUUGGCGCCAUGCUUGAAUUUGGCCGACCUGAUGGCGUAAUCAAAGCAAGAGGUGGUCUCUCCCAACGCUCAGCCAAACCUGGUCACGACUCGAGGCGUGACGGCGAUAUUGAGAUGGAAGACGCACAUGAAGACGCAGAAGAUCUUUCGCGACCCAUGCAGGCUCUCUCGACAUCGGCUCCAGCGUCCGACGAUGAGCUUCCUCAUCACUUCACCUUGGCCGUCCGACUAUUCUGCGCCGUGCUGCGUUUCGUGCUCCGGCAACCCAAGAUCCGGGCAACUCCUCCAUAUGGACCGCAGUAUAACCCUUUCCUCACGAUUGGCCUGACAUUUUUGGCCUCUGUCAUCACUGCGCCCGCUGUCCGUUCCGCAGUCGAGCGUCAUGUGCCAUGGGCGCAGCUAGCGGCAUUUGCGGCCUAUGUCGUAAAGCGUCGGGCUGCGAAUGCUGAAGUAAGCGCCGGCGCCAAGGGCCGACUCGUCUCGCUCCAAGGUGGUGCGCUCCCUGAGGAUUGGUGUGUGCGCGGUACAGUGUGGGUGCGUCGCAUGUACAUGCAAGGAUUUUGGCGCGUAGGUCGCUGGAGUGGGGAGGGCGACAUCCUCGACGCCAUGCCUGUGCGUGACGGUGUGGUGGAAGACGGCGAUAUAGAUGGAAAUGGGUCCGAGGACGGUGCGGCUGUGCUUGAACGUGGACGAUGUGCUCGUCUUGGCGCGGCAGUUGGUGCAAUCGUAGAACACAUUGACGGUAUGCGAUGGGAAGAUGACGUUGCCAGCCGCUCGAGGCUAUGCUUGGUUGAAGGGGCAUUGAAGAGCAAAAUCGAGAAGUGGGAGAGAGAAGAACGGGAAGAGGAGGAGGAGCGUGAGAGGAGGAAACGAUGGGGUGCCAAUAACCGAAUGGAUAUGGACGUCGAUGAGGAAGAGGUGGUUCAGGAUCAAGAGGAUAGUGAAGAUGACAUGGAGGUUGAUGAGGAGAUCCGGGUUCUCAAGGCCCGAAGACGCGAACUCCGCGCUCGUGCUGCAGCUCAGACUUCAACUCACCGAAAAACUCGACCUGCUGGCCGAAGACCGUCUGCUACUCCUGCCCGUCCCACAGCACGAAUUGUCCCAGGGUACACUGUGCUCGUUCUUGACACCAAUAUUUUCCUUUCCGCCCUCCCCACAGUCGCGCAACUUGUUUCGAGCCAACGAUGGACCGUUGUUGUUCCCCUCGCCGUUGUUACUGAGCUAGACGGUCUGUCACGCCAGAGCGAAGCUGCUCAACGUGCCAUCUCAUUCCUUGAGGCCCAAGUACGAUCAGGCCAAGGUGUUGGUCUAGGUCUCAAAAUCCAAACGUCUAGAGGAAACUAUCUGCCGAGUCUUGCUGUACGCGCCGAGCAGCUGUGGGGCUCGAACGGAGGCUGGGAGCGAAAUAUGGACGACUUCAUCCUCCGCAGCGCGAUGUGGCAGAUGGAUAAUUUUAUCGACCGCAGUGGCUUCUUAUCUACACCCAGUGCAAAUGGGGAGGGCGUCAAGGCGAAGGUCGUGCUUGUGAGCUCGGAUCGAAAUCUGAGAGUCAAGGCCCGCGCACGCGAGCUCGAAGCUGGCGAUGUAAAUAUAUUGGCCGGUCUGGCGUGA